UAUUUGUAAAUAAAUGAAAAGAUUGUAUUUUAUGUUAAAAACAAAGUAAAUGCGGUGAGCAUACACGAAGACUACGACAUGGAGGUGGCUUCUGUUGAUGAGAAUCAAAUUUAUAUGGUAAAACAAGCUCAAAGCGUGCGUAACACCGAUCCAAGCGCUGCCAAGGCAUGGAUAUUGACCGCCAAGACUCUCUUCCCAAAUGCCUUCAAUGUGCAGUAUGAGGCUUACUUGCUAGAGCGAGAUACGAGAAACUAUGAGGAGGCUGCCAAGUGCUUCAGCGCCAUUGCCAGUAACUUUAGCAAUCAGCAUGAGGAGCUCUGGCAAGAGGUGCACGCUUUAACUAAUGCGCUGCGCAAUGAAAGCGAAAACACGCCGGAGCAGGAAUUCUAUUCGAAGAUGUACAAGCACUUGGCGCCAGAGGUGCAGCAUAAUAUUUUUGUACACGCCAUCACCAACAGUGGUGAUAAUAUGCAACAGUGCAUACAAAGUUAUAUACUAAUGUUCAACAAGUUUCCGAAAACGGCGGCAACACAAGCGCCACGCCUGCUCGAAAUGCUAGCCGAGGGUAUGAAGGGAGACUCAGACGUAUACCAGCGCCUGCUAGUGGAGGAAGUGCUGCCGAUGAUACAAAACAAGCCACCAGAGCUGUCGCCGCUGCUAGCCUGUCGGCUAUAUACAAAUUCCCUUGAAUACUAUCUGCGCCAGAUUAUGGACGAUGAUAAGUGCGAUACUUCAGAGGCUUGGAAGAACAUCUUCAAGGUGCUAACGCUGUGUGGACAAAUGAUGGGCUGGGAGGCGUUCAUGCCAUUUAGUAAGCAAGUGAAUCAGAAUGUCUACUGGGACAAGUUGGUCAAAAUCUUGCGUGGCAGUCCUGCGGGCAGCUCACAGGUAUUAUUUUAUGCCACCACACUGUUUAUCUACUCCCUGCAUGGCUACAUACGCAAGCUGCGCGUUGACGAUGCCGAGGUGAGUCAUGUCUUGGUGGAAGGUUUCUUGGACUGGUCGCCUGAAGGCCCUGAAAGCAUGGAUUGGACAGCGGAUGGUGGCGAUGGACAGAGCAUGGAGCCGCCCAAAUUCUCAGCGACCACUACAAUCAGUCAAGAGCUUUCCGAGGCGUUUCUACAUGCCGCACGCUGCUGGCAGCUACUCAACACCGAACAGUUUCAGCGCGAUUUCAGUCAGCUUAUGUUGGCGCUGCCCUUGGCACCUUGGAUCUCGCGCUUUCUUUUCGAUCUGGCCAUAUACUUUGGCCACCGCGACGAGGCCAACAAGCUCAUGAAUGACAUGACAGCACAGAAUACCCAUGUACAGAGUCUGCAGAUUCUAAGUCUUAAUCUCAUGCAAGGCAGCAUGACUCUGCAAGGCUUCCAGUGCAUACUUAAGCUGCUCGGCGACCUGCCCACCACCAGUGGCACGCUGUUGGAAAAUGUUAGUCUCAAAGGACAUCGCCACAUGAUCUUUCUGCCGCUUACCAAGAAUGCGCUCGUCCAGUACUGCACGUGCGCCUUAAUAAGUCGCUUGAGUCGACUGCUCUUCGAACCCAGCAGCUGCACUGAUCGUCUGUUAGCUGAUCUGCUAACGCUGCUCCAGCUUAAUCAGGUCGAUGACGACGUGGUGCUUAAACAGCACAUCUUCCAGCUGAUUACCCAACGCAAAUCCUUCAAUCUGCAUGUGCUCUCCAACUAUAUCAUCGCUACGGACAUCAUAGAGGAGCUGGCUUUCAUUUGGAACUCUCAGCAGCAGGACGAGGCCGGCUUUGAGCUAACAGGCUCGCCGCCAAACGCAACUGUCGUCGGCACAACUACUGGUCCAGCUCAGCCACGACGCAUUGGCACACGCGGCGCCGAUAAAGGUGCACGAGAUGAGUUCAAGUCCAUUAUACGCCAGCAAAUAGCACGCUGUAACGACAAUGUGCCUACAUUAAUUGCAAACUUUGUUACCCAAGAGCACUUAGUACUGGCGCAGCACAUCUUUGGCAUGGCGCCGCCGGUGGAAACAAUUGUAAUCAAGUAAGUAAGUCAGGAAGAAAGC